UUCGUUUUUUGUAAAGCACAACUCACUGUCACGUUCUCCACUAUAGAAGAUAUCAAAGAAAUUUUCACUAGUAUAAAUAUACUUAUCAAUUAAUAACACCAGUAAGAAGUUAAUCCAAUCCAAUGUCUGCAGCGGUUCAGCAACAGGCAAUCCCUAAGUUUCUUCCGAAGCCUUUUCACAAAUGGUUCGGCAAUCCUCGUCUCUUUAAGUGCCUCAUCCCUCUAGAGAGGUAUGCGGUGGUGCGUUACUUCAAUUCAGUUUACAACACUGCUCCUCUCUUUAAGUGGUCGCUUUCAGCUGUCCCAUUAUACACCAUUUUCGCAGAUCCCACACCUCCCGAGAAGAUUGAUCUAAACUCGAGCAUUGCUUUGUUCUCAACCGGAUUCAUCUGGUUUUUCUACGCGCUGAUAAUUCAACCCCAGAAUUCAGGAAGCCGUUCGUUAGCGCUGGUCAAUUUAUGCCUUGCGUCAGUUCAUGGAUACAAUUGCAGCCGUGUCCUCAAAUACAAGAUGGAACAAAGCAAAUUGGAAAAGAAAAGCCAGUAAGCAAGAGGAAUUAGUAGCCUUUUCCUGUUGUUAGGAUUAAGUGACAGAGGCGAUCUCUUUUGUGGCAAAUGAGGAGGGGAAGCAGUGAAAUGUUAUCGCAUUUCUAUAUUAUUCUCUAUUUAGCCAUUUUUUCCUUUAGGUUAACAGUUCAACGAUAUAGGCCAUAUAAAUAUGAAUAUUUUCCAUUUCGUUAAUCGUACGUUUGGAAGUAAGUUGUGAUCGGUAAAAAAAAAAGAACGUUUCGCGUGUUAGUGUGAUUUAAGAUCAAAAAAUAGGACUAA